CGGAUCCGUCCCUUAGUCGACAGUUUACAACGUCUGUUUUGCUGGAGGAUGGGAGAGCAGGCACUGACCAUCCAUGUCGUUUCGUCUGGAAAGCCUGUCACACUCACUUAUUCGGAUACCUCACUUACUGUGAAGGGCGGCGGCAAGCCUAAGGAUAUACCCUUUUAUCAGCUCAUACAAGCCGACUUUCAUCCAGAUACCCUAACUCUCCAAGUUUCAUAUCUGUGGAAAAAGAAAACCAAAGGUUACCUGUCUCUAGUCCGUCUUGAAGGGACCGCAAAGAAGAGCGAAUCUAGCACCGUCAAGGAAUGGGCUGAAACGGUGCUGAACUCAGCUUUCAAAGAUGCGGGUGUCAAUCGAGGACGUCGGCUCAAAAUCCUUGUCAACCCACAUGGCGGAACUCGCAAAGGUGCUGCUAUCUUCACCAAAAUUGUCGAACCCGUCCUCCGUGCAGGUGGAUGUGCGUUAGACGUGCAGUACACGACGCACAGUAAUCAUGCGUAUGAGAUUGCCAAGGUGCUUCCGCUGGAAUGCGAUGCUAUCGUCACUGUCUCUGGUGAUGGUCUUAUCCAUGAAGUCAUGAAUGGCUUUGCCCACCAUGCAUACCCUAUGAAAGCAUUUUCCAUUCCAAUUGCGCCUAUCCCAACGGGCAGUGGAAACGGUCUUUCUUUAAACCUACUUGGCUUAGCGGAUGGUUUCGACGUGGUAGCCGCAGCAUUGAAUGUUGUCAAGGGUCUCCCAAUGAAGGUUGAUGUGUUUUCAUUCGUACAGAAUGGAAAGCGUUCAAUUUCUUUCAUGUCUCAAGCCAUGGGUCUUAUGGCGGACCUGGAUCUCGGGACAGAACAUUUACGAUGGAUGGGUGACACACGUUUUGUGUACGGCCUCUUUCGUGGGCUGGUCACUUUUAAACCAUGUUCUGUACAAUUUUCUUAUAAAGCAGCCGAAGAGGACAAGAAUAAGAUGGCACAGGAAUGUUACGCUAGACGUGUAAAUGACAAGUCUGCUAGUCAACGUUCCAUCCCUGCUGCGACUGAAGCUGGUGACUCAGCACUCCCGCCUUUGACGACUCAUGAGUCAGAUGAAGGAUGGACCACCUUCGAUCAACCACUUCUCUACUUAUACGCCGGCAAGGGACCUUUUGUUGGACGCGACUUUAUGGCCUUCCCCGCCUCUUUGCCAGAUGAUGGUCUGAUUGACAUAGUCGCCCAGACACUGUCCUCAAGAGGCGAAAUCGUCCACGACCUCGCUGAGGGGCCUAAGGGGGGUCACUUCUGGAAAGACAGCUUGCAUUACAUUAAGGCGCAUGCCUAUAGAAUGAAGCCACUCUCACCUAAAGGGGCUUUGUCUGUUGACGGAGAGAUGUUCCCAUUCGAGGCUUUUGAAGUAGAAGUGCAUCAAAAGCUUGCAACAUUAUUAAGUCCCCACGGAUACUAUGCUGCGGAUUUCCUUCCUCGGGGAAACAAAUCCUGAAUCUUCGUUAACUUCGACUUAAACAACGUGGAUGUUAUGAUAAUAUGAAUCUUAAUAAUUGGAAGUCCUUUCCCUCUGCAUUUUCCUGUACACCGUGCAGCGACUCGGAA